AUGGAAAAAAAUUCUUCUUUGCAGCAAAAGAUGACAUCUACAUUUUUGCUCAUUGGUCAUCUCAUUCUACUGAUACCUCUGUUCAGUGCUGAAGAAUGCAUUAUUUGUGAUUACUUUGUGCUUGUCGGAGAGCCUAUAGCUAUUAGUUGCCCAAUAAUUACACUGCCAGUGCUUCACUCUGAUUACAAUCUGUCGUGGUACAAAAAUGGUAGUGCUACACCAGUAACCACAGAGAGAGAUGCCAGGGUCCAUCAGCGAGAGAGCUUGCUUUGGUUUAUUCCUGCAACACUGGAAGAUUCUGGACUUUAUGAAUGUGAUGUAAGGAGCCUUAACCACUCUAACAAAAAAACUAUAAAUUUAACAGUUUUUAAGAAUGAUAAUGGUUUGUGUUUUAACGGAAAAAUGAAGUUUGAACAAAAAGUGAUGAGCACAAAUACUGGAAAGAUUAUAUGCCCUGAUCUAGAACAUUUUAAAGAUGAAGACAAUAAUCAGCCUGAAGUACACUGGUAUAAGGAGUGUAAGCCUGGAUUUCUUGAAGACAAGCGACUUCUUUUGGCAGAGGGUGAAAACGCUGUCUUGAUUCACAACGUGACUGUACAAGACAGAGGAAACUACACAUGCCGUAUAGUAUACACGUAUAUGGGAAAACAAUAUAAUGUUUCACGAACUAUGAGUCUAGAGGUUAAAGAAAGACCACUGCGAAUAAGACCAGAGUUUAUUUAUCCAAAGAAUAAUACAAUUGAAGUAGAACUUGGCUCCCAUGUAGUUAUGGAAUGUAAUAUAUCAAGUGGCAUAAAUGGCUUGAUUCCAUUCUGGCAAGUUAAUGAUGAGGGUGUUGAUAGCUUUGAUAGCACCUACAGGGAACAGUUUUAUGAAAAGGGGAUGCCUCAUGGACUUGCUGUAUCUGGAACAAAAUUUAACAUUUCAAAAGUGAAAGUAAAGGAUUAUGCUCAUAAAUUUUUCUGUCACUUCAUAUAUGGUUCUGAAGAAUUUACAGCCUACAUCAAAUUGGAACGCCCAGCUUGGAACAUUCAGGGUUACUUAAUUGGAGGAGGAGUUUCUUUGGUAUUUUUAGUAUUUUUUACUCUCUUUAUCUACAAGAUCUUCAAAAUUGAUAUAGUGCUUUGGUAUCGGGACUCCUGCCAUCUUUUCAUGGGUAAAAAAGUUUCAGAUGGGAAGAUCUACGAUGCUUACGUUGUGUAUCCAAAAAACAGAGCAAGCUGCUUGUGUUCAUCAGAUAUUUUUGCUCUGAAGAUACUGCCAGAGGUCUUAGAAAGACAGUGUGGAUAUAACCUCUUCAUAUUUGGGCGGGAUGAUUUACCAGGAGAAGCUGUGAUCAGUAUUGCUGAUGAAAAAAUCCGUCAAAGUAGAAGAGUGAUAAUUGUUUUAGUACCAGAACCCUCCUGUUACAGCGUUAUAGAAGAUGUGUCUGAAAAGCAGCUAGCCAUGUAUAAUGCUCUUAUCCAAGAUGGCAUUAAAGUAAUUCUCAUUGAACUUGAAAAAAUACAAGAUUAUGCAGACAUGCCAGAAGCCAUCAAAUAUAUUAAGCAAAAGCAGGGGGCUAUCCGAUGGAAAGGUGACUUCUCGAAAAGGUCUCACUCGGCAAGUACCAGAUUCUGGAAGAAAGUACGCUACCACAUGCCAUCCAGAAAAACUGCAUCUUCAUCAGGAUUGCAUUUGUUACCGACAGACUUUAAUUCUCCCUAA